GAGCAGGGAGGGGGCCUCAGGGCCCCCCCCCAACUAUGGACGAGCGGCUGCUGGGGCCGCCCCCUCCAGGCGGGGGCCGGGGGGGCCUUGGAUUGGUGGGUGGGGAGCCUGGGGGCCCUGGCGAACCUCCCGGUGGUGGAGACCCCGGUGGGAGUAGCGGGGGGGUCCCGGGAGGAGGGAAGCAAGACAUCGGGGACAUUCUGCAGCAGAUAAUGACCAUCACCGACCAGAGCCUGGACGAGGCCCAGGCCAAGAAACACGCCCUAAACUGCCACCGAAUGAAGCCUGCUCUCUUUAGCGUCCUGUGUGAAAUCAAGGAGAAAACUGGCCUCAGCAUUCGAAGCUCCCAAGAGGAGGAGCCUGUGGACCCACAGCUGAUGCGCUUGGACAACAUGCUUCUGGCAGAGGGUGUGGCCGGGCCUGAGAAAGGGGGUGGCUCAGCCGCAGCAGCUGCGGCCGCCGCAGCCUCCGGAGGCGGCGUGUCCCCUGACAACUCCAUCGAACACUCGGACUAUCGCAGCAAACUUGCCCAGAUCCGCCACAUUUACCACUCGGAGCUGGAGAAGUAUGAGCAGGCGUGUAACGAGUUCACAACCCACGUCAUGAACCUGCUGAGGGAGCAGAGCCGCACGCGGCCCGUGGCGCCCAAGGAGAUGGAGCGCAUGGUGGGCAUCAUUCACCGGAAGUUCAGCGCCAUCCAGAUGCAGCUGAAGCAGAGCACCUGCGAGGCCGUCAUGAUCCUGCGCUCCCGCUUCCUGGACGCCAGACGGAAACGCCGUAACUUCAGCAAACAGGCCACUGAGGUCCUGAAUGAGUAUUUCUACUCCCACCUGAGUAACCCAUACCCUAGUGAGGAGGCAAAGGAGGAGCUCGCCAAGAAGUGCGGGAUAACCGUCUCUCAGGUCUCCAACUGGUUUGGCAACAAGCGGAUUCGCUAUAAGAAAAAUAUUGGAAAGUUCCAAGAGGAGGCAAACAUCUAUGCCGUCAAGACCGCUGUGUCAGUCACCCAGGGAGGCCACAGCCGCACCAGCUCCCCGACGCCCCCUUCCUCCGCAGGCUCUGGCGGCUCUUUCAAUCUCUCAGGAUCCGGUGACAUGUUUCUGGGGAUGCCCGGGCUCAACGGAGAUUCCUACUCUGCCUCCCAGGUGGAAUCACUCCGACACUCGAUGGGGCCAGGGGGCUACGGGGAUAACCUCGGGGGAGGCCAGAUGUAUAGCCCUCGGGAAAUGAGGGCAAACGGUGGCUGGCAGGAGGCUGUGACCCCGUCCUCAGUGACAUCCCCGACAGAGGGACCAGGGAGCGUUCAUUCUGACACUUCCAACUGAUCUCGCCCCUCAGGGCCACAGGGGUUGGGGCUCACAAGGCACCUCUUGAAGAGGACGCAGGCAUCCAGAGGACAAAACCCAGACAAAGGAGAAGCACAAGAUAGAGAAGGGCAAACGGGGGUCAUCCCCUCCCUGGCCAGACUCUCUCAGUGCUGGGGGUGCUGACUACAUGGCAGGGAAGAUGGGGCCUCUUAAGGGGAGAGUGGGGUCUGUCUCCCCCUUUUUUCCCUUUUUCAUUCUUUUUUUCUCCCCCUUUUUCUCUCACAUAGAAACACACGCACCCAGAAUCCUAUUUUUCAGAGUUUUCCUCUCCUCCUCUCUCAUACACGCACGUACAACUAUUCUCUCUCUCUCUCUCUCUCUCUCUCUCUCUCUCUCUCUCUCUCUCUGGGCUCCCCCACUCUCCUUCCCUCACCCCACUUAGCUGCUUUGGGAUCUGUGGAGAUGCCAGCCCUGCCCAGCCAGAGAUGCCAAAAAUGGGGACAUGACUUCUGGACAGAGGACAUGGGCCACGCCCCCUGUGCCUCCCCACCCCCCUGCCCCCCCAGACGGCUUUAUUACCUCAUACACAGCUCAUCUUAAACCAAUAGAAUCGCUCGGUGGACGGGAGUGUCUGACUCAGAUAUCUACCUCGGAGGGAGUUUCUGCUACUUUAGGGAAUUGUUGACUGGGCUUUGGGGUUGAACUUUUUUUUAAAGGAAAGAAAAAUUAACCCUGGGAUCCAUCUGUAUUUUUUUUAAUUUUUAUUUCGGGGAUUUUUGGUGGUGGUGGUGGUUCUUAAUUUUUAAUUUAGUUUGGGGAAGUAGAUGUUUUUAUAAAUAUGCUGAUUUUUUUUUUUCAUUUCUUGCUUU